GCCCGCCAGGCCGGCUGCGCCAGCAGGGCGCCCGGCCGCGGAUGGCGCCGGGGCCGCUGCGGCGCUGGGCGGAGGCGCGCCGCGCGGCGAGGCCAGCGAAGCUGCUGGUGGCGGCCGCGCUGGUGGCGGGCGCGCUCGUUUACGGAGGCUUCGGCACGAGCGGGCUCUGGCGCGGCUCCUCGGCCGCAG